CGCGCGUGCGACAUUUGCGCCAGCGCAUAUAUACGGGCUGAGAGAAGGCCGCUCAGCUGUCUUUGACACUCUGUGCGGUGGUGUUGCGCCGGUUUGUGCUGCAUCUCGUAUCGCCUCAUUUGGAACUGUGAAGGCAAGAUAGAUACCCCAUCGGGUGCGCCCUACGGAGGAGCACCCAUUCUUCUGCAGCCAUUCGGUUUGUGGCACGGUGGAUGUGCCCGUUCUUGGCCAGCCCUCCAGAAUGAGCACGUCCCACUGCGACACAAGAGCUGCAGUCCUGCCGAAUACAGGCUCGCUGUAAGAUCGCAUCGCGAGAAAUUCGCCGACCCCUGCGCAGCGAGCACGUGACACUCCUCUCGUGAUUCCAUGGAGUCUGUGUACACCCCAGCGUCGACGCUGCUGCAUUUCCCGAGCAGCCAGGAGCUUCUGGCGAGGUUCACGUACUACGACUACGCGGUGUUCGUGUGCAUGCUGGCCAUGUCCGGCUCGCUGGGCCUGUGGAGCGCCUGGCACGACAGCCGCAGCGACGCCAAGAGCGGCAUCUCGCUGCUGCUGAACGGCGAGCGGCGGCUUCCCGCGGUGCCCGUGGGCGCCUCGCUCAUGGCCAGCUUUAUAUCGGCCGCCUACCUGCUGGGAAACGCGGCCGAGGUGUAUCGCAACGGAACCCUCUACAUGAUGACCUUCGUGUCGUACGGGCUUGCGUUGGCCGUGACGGCGCACCUGUUCAUGCCCGUGUUCUACCAGCUCCAGGUCAUGACAGCCUACGAGUAUCUGGAAUUACGCUUCAGUCGGAUCGUACGGAUGGCUGCCGUCAUCCUGUAUAUGUUCGAAAUGACAAUUUACAUCGCGAUAUCUCUGUAUGCUCCCGCUCUGGCACUUUCUCAACUGACCGGAAUGACGCUGUGGUCGGCAGUCGUGGCCAUCGGCCUGGUCUGCACUGUUUACACAAGCGUCGGAGGCAUCAAGGCAGUGGUCCUGACGGAUACCUUUCAGGCGGUGGUGACAGUGGUGGCUAUGCUGGUCGUGAUAUCACUGGGCAUGUACCAGAUGGGAGGACUGCAGGCAGUGUGGCAGACUUCACUCAGCGGCGGCCGCAUACAGUUUGAUGUUAUCGACCCGGACCCCAUGGUUCACUACACUGUCUGGGGCCUGGCUAUUGGAUCUUUCUUUAACAACGCAGCCAGCUACGCGACCAACCACAUGAUGGUGCUGCGCUACCUGACUGUACCCACACUCAGCAAAGCCAAGUUCGUGGUCUGGUUCAACUUUCCCCUGCUGUGCAUUGUGCUGUCGCUGAGCGGCUUGGCUGGCCUACUAGUCUACGUAAAAUACGCCAGCUGUGAUCCCGUGGCAGCUCAUCAAAUAUUUUCAGAGGACCAGCUGCUGCCCUACUUUGUGAUGGACGUGCUUGGAAAGAUGACCGGAGUUCCUGGCUUGUUCGUUGCCGGCAUCUUUGCGGCUUCACUAAGCUCCAUAUCAUCUGGAGUCAACGCCUUGUGUGCGGUGUCGUACGUGGACAUCAUUGCCCUCAUCAAGCCAGACAUACCAGACAAAAUCGGCGCAAAGAUUAUUAUGGCACUAGGGGUGUUCUUCGGCCUGCUGACGAUCGGCCUGGUGGGCAUCGCUUCGAAAAUGGGCAACGUGCUCGCCGCAUCCCAGGUCAUCAACAGUUCAAUCGGAGGACCUCUGCUGGGCCUCUUUACAUUGGGAAUGUUUGUUCCAUGUGCAAACAGCAAAGGGGCCCUCUCAGGACUCAUAAUUUCCCUGAGCUUCUCACUCUGGAUAAACUUGGGUCAAUUCGUCACCUCCAUGGCUCUCGCUAAGCCACCUCCAUCUAUGGACGGCUGUCCCGCUGAAGUGCGAAAUGCAACUUCAGCCACCUUGGGCGUCGUCACGGAAGUCGUGAAAGAAGCCAGCCGUGGUCUGUCACCAGAUAUUUACGCUCUUUCAAGCCUUUGGUACAGCAUGCUAGCCUGGUUCGUCUUGAUCGCGGUGGCCGUUCCAGUCAGCUGUUUCACUUCGACAUCAUCUAGCACAGACACCAUGAACCCAAAGCUGAUAUGCCAAGUAGCUGAUGUAGUCUUCUGGUUUGCGCCGGAGAAAUUUCGAGGUCGCCUAAGGUUCAACAUAGGAAAGGAUUACGUUGAGCCAGAAAAGCCAACGAGCCUCGAAAAACGGGCCUCUGCGCCACAAGUAGUCUUUGACUGCGAGAAGAAGGCAGAUAAGAAAAAGCACGAGAGCUCGCUCGCCGCCGUCUCGUACAUCCGACGGGGGACGAGUGCGUCUUUAGCGGUACCUCCACCUCCACCUGCCCCGCGGAUACCGCCAUCGUCCUGUGACUUUAAAACGCACAUGUAAAGAGCGCACAGACGCAUCUACUGCCAACCACUGCAGUCUAUGGCUCCUAACCGUCUCAUACACGCUCCGUCCUCGUGUAAGCCAUGAUGUUUAAUGGCCUAGAGCAGUUAACCAUGAACUAGGAUGUAUGUUCCUUGAAGUUGUGUGAUAUUCCUUUUUUGCCGGUCUGUUGCUAGACAGGUUUGUUACAGCGGAGGUAAUGGAGGGAAUGAGAACUAGCGGCAGCUGUAGUCUGCUAAAGGGACCUGAAACUGCACCACCACCUCGCCAUCGCCAUCACUGUGCCAGUGUACAGAAGAAAGCGAUCUCGUGCCUAGAGUGCUACACUGUGCUAGGCUGGCUAAAACUAGCCAAACGCAGUUCUAGCCACCCUAACUGUGUCGCACGUUAUACCUUGGCCUCUAGGCUUCUUGUUUUCUGGGUUGCUUUCUGAGCUAUUACGUCGGCUAUACAAACUGUGAAAUCAGUGCCGCCAGAUGAAAGUCACAGUGAAGCCGUCCGCUGCCGCUUUUGAAGGCCGGAUGGCUGGAUUUGGCAAUCUCUGAGGGCCUUCAACGUGCGUCUGUGCAGGGAUGCUCGUAAAUGGAAGCUCCUGGCAGAAUUAGAAAUGUGCCCGCAUUUGUGCCUCUCUGCAGUUGUGUACAGUUGUGGAGAAGUGCUGGCACUCCAUUCUGCUCCUGACACUGGCGUUCUAACUGGGAAACUGCCCAUCAAUACAGUUAGCCUCAGAUCGCGUGUAACUUACCAGUCAUCAACACUCACCCAGCAGUAGCGAAUCAAAUGAAUUACAAAUAUUAGGUUGAGAACAUAGUCAGUGUAAGCCUCGCAAGACACAAGUUUGUGGUUACACAUAGAGACAACUCUUAAGUGAACUGUUACCUUAUAUGAUUGCCUCAAUUACCUUAAUUCACAGCUAGGCAUCUUCACCAACUUAAUUUUCUUUUUCAUCGUCUAAACAACACCCACCUAGCCACCAAGCGAAAAGUACAUUUACCGUCAAUAGGAGAGCACGUUCAUGAUCUAGAAAACAUUUUACAUUCAUGCCAAUGUGUAAAACACGAUGUGGCAAAUGAAUUGUGCGACGAUCCGCAAGGGGAACAGAGUUUCAUGAAAAGAAAAAAAUGAUUCCUUUACCGCACUGUAGCCCGAAGCUACAAAAGACACCCAUAUUGUUUAUCGAAAAGAAAGCUUUGGAGUUGAGAAAAAAUUCGUCAGGACUGGUGAUUGAAUCCAGGCCAGAACGAAUUGUAUUUUUGUGCUACUGUCGGGCGCAUUAGUCUUUCCCUUCCACGAAACGUCCUCCACCUUGCGGAUUUCAGCAAAGCUUGUUUGUCAUAUUGACUAUCCCUCCGGUUCGAGUUCUAUAGUUUAUUUUGCCCUCGCCAUGUGAUCUGCUAGCUUCCUGAAUAGCCGCAAUGACAGAUGGUCGCCCCGUCAAUGUCUUUGUUCCAUGUUCAAUCUGAGACGAAUUUUUUUAAACUGCGAAGGUUUCUUUCUUAGAGACCCGUGUUUAUUUUGUUUUGCAGAUUUGCGAUACUUUAGGAUUUAUGACAAUAAUCCCUUUCGUCAAACAGCUACAAGUCCAAAGCGCAAAGAAAUGUUCAGAUGCAGUAUCCUGUUAGGCAAACCUCGGUUGUAACUUUUGUGGCUUUAAGUCGCCGAACAUCCCACAUUCUUUGCCGAGGCUUAUUUAUUUAGUUCUUGGCCCGUUGUCUAGCUAUAACUUAUCAUGCGGAUUUUCUUUUAUAUGAAGGCAGAGCGCCAUGCCGGGAGUCUUAGACCAAACUACACGUACGUUUGCUGACGCGCGAAAGCUUGCACCGGCGCGGCUUGCGUUUCCAGCGCCUCGCGAGGAAUGACGGUACGCAUCUACAAGUACGCGCGCCCACUUUGCUCACUCUCAACGUAUUGACAGACAUCAUUUCGUGCUUCAUUAUUGAGAGUGCCUUGAAACGCAGAAAUAUUCAUAAACGAACUUGUUUUGUUUUUCGUUAGACAAGCGCGAAACGUAAAGAAAAAGCGCAUUCUCGCACGACAUAAAUCUGCCUCACUGAGUGUUGAUUGUACCACGCCGUAGCUGCAUGGAAAGGCGCGUAGAAACGUGAGUAGGCCAAGCACCGAUUAUCCGAGCUUGCGCCGCAUUUGGACGCGUACGAUCUGUCCCGCACCAUCUGCGCAUGCGUGGGCGCGCCGGCAAGCAUACGUGUAGUUUGGUCUUUACCAUAGACGUAACUUAUUUGUACAUACCUGUCAUCUUCUUUACGACAUCACGCGAAAGGUGACUAUUUAUUCAACGUGUAAAUAAAGAUUGUGAACAUUCAUUGCA